AUGCAUCUAACGCGUCUACUGCUAUCUGCGGCUGUCGCUACGGCCAUCACUGUUCAAGUAUCCAAGGAUGGGGGCAAAGAAGCCGCAUCACUUCAGUAUGGCUUAAUGUUUGAAGAUAUCAACUACUCCGGAGAUGGAGGUCUCUACGCAGAGCUGAUUCGGAACCGUGCUUUCCAAGGCGACAAGUUUAUGGAGUCAACCCUCUUUCCAUGGGAGCCAGUUGGUACUGCUACUAUUGCACUUUCUCAUGAUUCCCUUCCGGUUUCCCCUGCUUUGCCGGUCUCCGUUUCUGUUACAGGAAAGGCAGGCGAGGUGAUUGGCUUAUCAAACCCUGGGUAUUGGGGAAUUGAUGUCAAACCACAGACUUAUACUGGGACAUUUUGGGUCUUGGGUGACUUCAAAGGCAACUUCACUGCGGCUCUCCGCAGUUCGGAAACAGGAGAGACCUAUGCUUCAACCGAAAUUCCCUCUAACUCCAAUUCCGACGAAUGGACCGAACAUGAAUUCAAGUUAAACCCCGAGGUGGCGGCCGGUCAUGAAACAAAUUUCACUCUAACCUACACUCUGGAAAGAGACGAACAGGCCCUGCAUUUCAACCUCAUUAGCCUCUUCCCUCCGACAUAUAAUGACCGCCCCAACGGUCUGCGCAUUGAUCUCAUGGAGACACUCAAGGAACUCAAACCCGGCUUUAUUCGUCUUCCAGGCGGCAACAACCUUCAAGGCUCACAGCCUGGCAGCCAUUGGAAAUGGAAUCAAACGCUAGGAGAUUUGGUUGACCGCCCCGGCCGUAUGGGGGCAUGGCGGUAUUUCAACACAGAUGGCCUUGGUCUGAUUGAAUACAUGCAGUGGUGCGAUGACCUGGGCGCCGAGCCAAUCCUGAUCGUCUUCGCAGGAUUAUAUCUAGGAGGAUCAGUGAUCCCCGAAGACGAAUUGCAUGUCUAUAUUGAUGAUGCUUUGAACGAGAUAGAAUUCUUGACUGGCGAUGCUUCAACAGAAUAUGGCGCCAAGCGAGCGGCACUAGGUUACGAAAAGCCUUGGAAACUGAGGUUCGUGGGUGUGGGCAAUGAAGAUCACUUCUCCAGUGGGAUGGCUUCAUAUAAUGCGUACCGAUUUAGAAUGUUCUUCGAUGCGAUUUCCGAACGCUAUCCAGACCUCACUAUCCUUUCAUCGACCGUUGAGCUGGACCCCAUUCCAGAUGGAGCUGCGUUAGACUACCAUGACUAUGGAAAUCCCGAUGGUGCAGUGAGAAAUUUCACUCUCUUUGACAACUAUACAUUGGACCACAAGAUCCUCGUUGGCGAGUACGGUGUCGCCAGGGACAAUGGCAACGAGGUUUUGUGGAGCAAUCACCGCCUGCGGCCAUGGUGGAUUGCUAGCGUGGCUGAAGCCAUUUUCUACAUUGGCACAGAACGCAAUCCUGACAAGGUCUACGGUGCCGCAUUCGCCCCGUUACUUCAAAACAUCAAUGAGUUUCAAUGGAGGCCUAACAUGAUAUCCUUCAAUGCGAAUACUUCAGCUACCGUUCGAUCGACAAGUUUCCAUGUCAUGUCGUUAUUCUCUCAACAUCGCUUGACCAAAGUUCUUGACGUGAAGAACUCUGAGAAUUAUGGCCCAGGAUACUGGGUUGCGGGAGUAAACGAAGAUGCUAACACUUAUGUAUGGAAAGGAGCUGUGUACAACUCGACAGAUGAUCAGGCAUUCAAUGUCGUUUUCCCUGACGCAAACAAAGGAUCCAAAGCCAGCCUUACCGUUUUGACAGCUCCGGACGCAUUCUCGCAGAACUUCUUUGAUGGGCCUGACGUUGUUCAAAAGGAAUUGCUAGAACUUGAGGCGGGAAGAAACGGCUUCGAAUUCACUCUUCCUCAGUGGUCAGUGGCUGUCUUGGAGUGGAAAGCCAAGAACUAG